AUCAUCCAUCUCUGUUCAUAACACACACACCUCCCUUCAUGAUCACUGAUCAGGAAACAGAACAGAGGAAGCAGCUCGGUCUUUCCACGACACGUCUUCAUCAAAACAAGAUGAAAAAAUUAUUUUUGUUGCUUCUCUUCUGUCAAGUUUCAUCAUCAGUGAAACACUCUCUGAAAUAUUUUACAACUGCAUCUUCUGGAGUCACAAACCUCCCAGAGUUUGUGGGAACUACAGUCUUUAAUGACAUUCUGAUAGGUUACUGUGACAGCAACACAAAGAAGAUAGAAAUAAAACAUGACUGGACAAAAAAAAUAUCAGAAGAAAAUCCUGAGCAGUUGGAGUGGUACGCUAUAACAUGUUUUCGGAGUGAUCCAAACUUCUUCAAUGCCACGAUAAAUACUUUGAAGCAGCGCUUCAACCAAAGUGGAGGUGUCCACAUUUUACAGAGGGUGACUGGUUGUGAGUGGGAUGAUGAGACUGGAGAGGUUCAUGGUUUCAUGCAGUAUGGAUAUGAUGGAGAAGACUUCGUAUCAUUUGACCUGAAGAAUUUGACAUGGAUCGCUCUGAACCCACAGGCUUCCAUCAUGAAAAAGAAAUGGGAUGCUGACAAAGCCGGAAUACACUUAAUUGUGAAUGUCCUCACACAGAUUUGUCCUGGGGGGCUGGAGAUGUGUUUGACCUAUGGCAACAGCUCUCUGCUGAGAACAGAGCUUCCCUCAGUGUCUCUCCUCCAGAAGACUCCCUCCUCUCCAGUCACCUGCCAUGCUACAGGUUUCUACCCUGACAGAGCCAUGAUGUUCUGGAGGAAAGAUGGAGAGGAGUUUCAUGAGGACGUGGACCAUGGAGAGAUCCUCCCCAACCAUGAUGGAACCUUCCAGAUGAGCAUCGACCUGAACCUUUCAUCAGUCACACCUGAAGACUGGAGGAGGUACGACUGUGUGUUUCAUCUCUCUGGUGUAGAGGACGACAUCGUCACCAGACUGGACAAAGCAGAGAUCAGGACCAACUGGGAGGAGCCGAGUCACAUGACCGUCCCCAUCACUGCUGCAGUGCUUGUUCUUGCUGUCGUCCUCAUCGCUGUCACUGGAUUCAUCAUUUACAAGAAGAAGAAAGCCUCACGUCCUCCAUCUUCUGCUGACAACAACAUUGAGCUCUCUGAGAAACUGAAUCCAGAGACCUUGAAUAGAGGAGACACUUCAGCCAAAUACAGAGUUCCUCAUUUAGACUUUUUAGAAGACUCAUCUGAGCUGCGUCUAAAAGUUAAAAACAUGAAGACCUUCAUCAUCUUGUCCCUCUUGAUCCACUUUGCAUUUCCAGUGAAACACUCCCUGGACUAUUACUAUACUGCGUCUUCCGGAGUCACAAAGUUCCCAGACUUUAUUGGAACUCUGGUGCUUGAUGGCAGCCUGGCUGUUUACUGUGACAGCAACAAACAGACAGUAGAAGCCAAACAGGACUGGAUGAAAAGAUUCUUUGACGACAACCCUAAGCACUUGGACUUAUACACCGGGCAGUGUGUGGCUGAAAUAGACUACUUCAAAGCCACGAUUGAAACUUUAAAGGAGCGCUUCAACCAAACUGGAGGCGUCCACAUUCUGCAGAGGCUGAACGGCUGCGAGUGGGAUGAAGAGACUGACGAGAUUCGUGGUUUUAAUCGGUACGGUUAUGACGGAGAAGACCUCAUAGCUUUUGACCUAGAGAAACUGACGUGGAUCGCCCUGAACCCGCAGGCUGACACCAUCAAAGCGAAAUGGGACGCUGACAAACCAAAGAUAAAAUACAAUAAGAACUACCUCACUGAGAUUUUCCCUGACUAGUUGAAGAAGUAUUUGGUCUAUGGCAACAGCUCUCUGCUGAGAACAGAGCUUCCCUCAGUGUCUCUCCUCCAGAAGACUCCCUCCUCUCCAGUCACCUGCCAUGCUACAGGUUUCUACCCUGACAGAGCCAUGAUGUUCUGGAGGAAAGAUGGAGAGGAGUUUCAUGAGGACGUGGACCACGGAGAGAUCCUCCCCAACCAUGAUGGAACCUUCCAGAUGAGUGUCGACCUGAACCUUUCGUCAGUCACAGCUGAAGACUGGAGGAGGUACGACUGUGUGUUUCAUCUCUCUGGUGUAGAGGACGACAUCGUCACCAGACUGGACAAAGCAGAGAUCAGGACCAACUCAGGUGAGACUGGGACCUGUAACACGUGUAGACGAGUUGUUAGGAUCCUUAACCUUGAGCUGACGGCAUGAAUGUGGUUUCUAUCA